GCUGACUGCUCUUCUCCAACUUCACUUCAUCUUCAUAUCUCCCUCCCUCCCUCGCCAACCCCUUCACUAACAUACAUACACACAAUCUCUCUCUCUCUCUCUCUCCUUUCCCCUUCCUCCACUACGGCGCAAAGCACAACAACUCCCCUCCUUUAUUCCUCACCCACCAUGGCACCCCGCGGUCGCGGAAAGUUUUCCAAACCUUCGCGAGGAGGUGGAAAACAUUUCAGUCGUGAUGUUCAGCCCAUUGACAAAGAUGGAAACCCCGUUGGCCUUUGGAGGGAUCCCGAGGAGAACAAUCUCUCCUCUUCCGAGGAGGAGGAAUCUUCUGAAUCAGGCUCCGAAGAGUCCUCCGACAAUGAUGAUAACGAACCUUCCCACAGCGCCCGACUCGGUCCGUCUUCCAUACCCGUUGCGAGCAGCAGCGGUACCACCGAAAUGACCCGUGAGGAGCGGCGUGCGGCUGCCAAAGCGAAAAAGCAGGCUGCCCAGGCUCGCCGGAUGCACACUGCCGCUCAACCGGGUGACCUACCCCCUUCGAACUCGGACGGAUCAGGCAACGACACCGACGACGAUGACGACGAUCUACCAGCCAAUCCUAACCACACGGCCAAGUCGCGCUCCCAGCUCAGCGACAACCAGGAAGACGCGCAAAAGCCGAAAGGCGAUCUAUCACAGUUGUCGCGGCGGGAGCGUGAGGCGAUUGAGGCUCAUCAGGCGCGACAACGCUACUUGAAGCUUCAUGCUGAGGGUAAGACAGAGGAGGCUCGCUCCGACUUGGCUCGUUUGGCGAUCGUUCGCGAACAGCGUGAGGCUGAUCGCCUGCGCAAGGAAGCUGAGAAGGAAGAGAAAGUCGAGCUUGCGAAGCAGCGCGCCGCCGAACGAGAUGCCAAGCUGCAGGCUGCCAAGGUUGGGAAGAAGAAAGGUGUGUCAAAGAGAAAGUAAUCGCCACGCGACAGACAUCUCCAAUUUGGCUUUAGUUCCUGCUGCCGCUGGUGCACGUUAUAUACCUUGAUUCUG